GAAGGAAUGGGGACAACAUUACAGUGGAAUUGGUGGCCAGAUGGUGCAAAAUCUCCACGGAGAAAGGAGAAAUUGUGAGAUUGCUCACAUGUACUCCAGACAGCUGUCUCAUAAGCAGACUGACAGAACUGAGGUUUUUGCACAGCAUCUGGGAGUUGAAGGAUUCCAAUUAAGCUCAUAGUUGUAAUGUAACUUAUAUGGACAUAAUGUUACACUAAGCCUUAUUUCUUAAUCACUUUUGGAAUUUUUUUACAGCUUUUCAAAUGUUAAGAACCUUUAGAACAGCAAGUUCUAUGGCAUUCACUGGCUGAGUAUCCUCAUUAUUUCAUGAAAUAACUUUUAAACACUCAGGGGCAUUUUCUUUUAAUAAACAGCAAAGGGGUUGCUUCACCUGAAGAAACGUCUUCCUUUACAAUUAAAUGCAAAUGUGGGGAACCACUUGCCUGAAUGAUUAUAUAUAUGCUGCACCUUCUUAUAGCUAAAUUUCUCCACAUUUCUUUUUCCAUUUGAUUUCUCUUUCAUCAAACUGAAUGGGAAUAGGCAGAAAAACUGCAAGACAGGUUUUUUGCAUGGCACCUAUGUUUUCCCACAAACUUCACUAUUCAGUGGCACCGAUUUUCUUAUUUUGCUCACAAUCAUUUGUAAAAAUAGCGCUCCUGAAUUCUGCUUGGUUUUUUUUAAAAAAAUAAUAAGCUCGCUUCUUUUUUAUCUUAGGCAAACAUGGCAAACAAUCUCCUAUGGGAAAAUAAAAGUUCUGUGUCUGAAUUCAUCCUUCUGGGUUUCUCAAGCAAGCCGCAAACUCAACGAUUCCUUUUUGCUACCUUCCUCAUCCUGUAUCUAAUGAUAGUGCUAGGCAACGGUCUCAUUAUCAUCCUCAUUAGAAUAGACUCUCGUCUCCACACACCCAUGUACUUCUUCUUGGCCAACCUCUCCUUCUUGGACAUCAAUUACAGCUCAACCACAAUGCCCCAGAUGUUGAUACAUCUCCUUUCAAAAAGAAAAACCAUCUCCUUUGCAGGCUGUACUGCCCAGAUGUACAUCUUCCUGUCUUUGGGGAUAACUGAAUGCGUUCUCUAUGCCGUGAUGGCUUAUGAUCGAUAUGCAGCCAUCUGCCACCCGUUACACUACACUAACAUGAUGAGUAAGUCCAUUUGUGUUAAGAUGGCAGCCGGAUCCUGGGCCUGUGGCUUCCUCUUUGCCACGAUGCACACCGGCUUCACUAUGCACUUGCCUUACUGCGGCCCAAAUGAGAUCAACCACUUCUUUUGUGAAGUGCCAGCUAUCUUGGAAUUAGCUUGUGCCGACACACAUGUUAAUGAAGUGGUGGACUUUGUGCUGGGGGUGAUCCUGCUCAUGACCCCACUUUCUUUGAUUGUGACCUCUUACAUGUUCAUCCUGCGUGCUAUCCUGAAGAUCCGCUCUGCAGAAGGGAAGUUCAAAGCUUUCUCCACUUGCACCUCACACAUUACAGUGGUGACUCUCUUCUGCGGUGCUGCCAUGUUCAUGUACAUGCGCCCAGCUUCCAGCUAUAAGCCAGAAAGAGACAAGAAGUUUUCGCUCUUUUACAAUGUGGUAUCUGCUCUUUUGAACCCAUGUAUUUACUCUCUAAGAAAUAAAGAGGUCAAAGGAGCUCUGUGCAAAUGGGUUUGCACACAAUAAAUGAACAUGUAUAUUAUUUAUUAACAGAGGAAAUGUAAACAAGAGGACUAUUUUAUAGCCAUGCUAUAAUUUAUGCAGAAUACAUGAAUGAGUCCCCAGCUCACAAGGAUGGUGCGUUUGUCUAUCUAUAUAUUGGGCUAGACCAGGGGUAGGCAACCUUGGCUCUUUUCAUAAAAGAGCCAAGGUUGCUUAUCCCUGGGCUAGACAUAAGAAAAUAAUUUUCCAGACAGACCUUCUAGCACAUUUCUAUAAUAGUCACUUGUAUGUUCGUGUUCAUUGGAAGGGUGUGAGUUCUAGUUCCAUUUUGGGCAUGAAGCCAGCUGGGUGACAUUGGGCUAGUCCCCCUCUCACAGCCCUAGGAAGAAAGAGUCAAGGGCAAACCCCUGAUACUGAAAAUAUUGCCAAGAAAACUUCUGUGACUUUUCCAGGCAUUCACCAAGAAUCAGUACUGAUUCAAAGACACCCCAAAAUUCUAAAGGUAUAAAAUGUUCUAUUGCAUGAAAGUAAAUAUUAUAACCUUAUAAUUGCUACAGAGCAGAUCAAUUUGUUCCUAAGAAGAUAGUUAGAGGGACUGAUUUCUUCAAAGACUUUAGCUAGAAAGUCAAGAAAGAAAAUGGAAUAAAAUAGAAGCUAGGAGCUAUGUUUGAAUUUUUUUAAAAAAUGACACAUCCCAAAAUUCUGAAAACUGGGUCAAAAUAGCUUUGUUAGAAUGGAUCGCGGUAUGGGUCCAGGUUAUCUGAAGAGCUGUCUCACCCCAAUGGGACUGGUCUGCCCCACUCAUUCUGGCAGAAGGGGCCUACUGCAGACCUCAUCAGCCAAAGAAUUUCAGCUGGUGGAGUCCAGGAGAAAAGCCUUUUCUGCCAGGGUUCCCGCCCUUUGGAACAUCUUUCAACCAGAGGUGAGAUCUUCCCUCACCCUCCUGGCCCUCAGGAAGAGCCUUAAAACCUGGUUCUUCCAUGAGGUAUGAGGCCUUGAGGGAGAAGGUCUAGGCCGGGGGUGGCCGGUGCAAUGACAGAGAAGGUACCACCAUUGCUCCAUUCCAAACCCUUGGUUUUUUAGACUGUAUUUAAACUUCUGUUAUUUUAAUCUCUUUUAAUGUUUAUACUUGUUUUUAUAUCUCAAUGUUUCAUUGUAUUGUAAGCCAU